AUGAUCUGGUACUUGCUUUAUCCACUCCGAGGAACUACCGAGGCUCCGGCUCUGUCGCCGUCGAAUCCGGUCCGUGUUGCAUUCACUCGCUAUGGCAACUACGUUGCGCGGCAUGUCAUUCUGGCGCUCUUGAUCUCUGGUGUUGUUGCCACUAUCUUGAUCUACCCUAUCCCCUAUCUUUUUACCGACGAUUUCACGAAUGGCGCUUCAAAUCUGCCGCAUCAUGUUUGGACCGUUGCGCAGCCCUUGAGCAGAGACGCUCCCGUCCUACCAGACAUAAUCAUGAGAUCCAUCUGGGUGCAUGGCGAUUACAUGAAGGCACUGGACAAUGAUCUGUUGAGUUACGCCUUGGAGCUCCAGGAUGAGCUUCUUGGACCAACAGAAAGGUUUACCCCUGCUGCCUCUCGGGGACUUUUUACACCGGGUGACCAAGAUUGGCCCAUGCCAACAAAGAACAGAGACGCGAUUCAUAUUGUUAACGGACUCACGAACCAGUCUUGGUUCUUUCACUCCCCGCUCCUCUACUGGCAAUGCUCGCGCCAGAAAAUCUUGGCAGACACGGAUCUAAUUACCACUGUCAAUGAGAGAAAGACGCAGUCUACUUCGGCCAAUGUCACUCUCAGACAUUCAAUUGUUUUCAGCGGCAAGAGGUUCGCAGAAAGAAGACUUCUGGCGGCCGAUGCGCUCGUCAUUACACUGCUCUAUCUUCGCGAUUCCCCGGUCGGCCGUCAGUGGGAGCAUAAUGCACCACUUCUCACUCGCAAAGCCCAAGAUCAAUGGGAUAUUUAUCCACCCGAUGGAUCCAUCGAAAGCAGCCAGUUGUAUGAGUUUCAGUUCCGGCCGAUGUCACUGUAUGACAUGAUCUGCUUCGCCUUGGCAUACGGCCUCAUGGGCAUUUAUUUCCUCGCCAGCCUUUCGAAGCUUCGAGCUAUCAAAUCAAAAGCUGGGCUGACAGCUAUGGUGAUCACGCAGAUAUUUUUAUCCAUUCUGUCAAGCCUGACUGUAUGCGCGGUCUUUGAUGUUGACUUAUCUCGCAUUCCCCGAGCUGCUUAUCCACUGGUGAUUUUGGCUAUCAGCUUGGAGAACAUGUUCAGAAUAAUCUAUGCUGUCAUUCUCAUGCCUGCUGAAAAUAGCUCUAGCAGUCGCGUUGGAUCGGCCUUUGGUCAGACGGCGCAUAUAGCUCUUGCAAGCACAGUACAGAAUGUGGCCAUCUUGGCAGGGCUCUCAACGAUUGUCUCCCCCGGUGUCGCUGGAUUCUGCGUUUUCGCUGCUACUGCUACAUUGUUUGAUUACUUCUACCUCUCGACAUUUUUUCUCUCUGUUCUGAGUGUCGAUGUGCGCAGAACCGAGCUCGAAGAUGAAUUAUCAAAGAUCAGCAAGCUGAGACACCGCCAUACCUAUGGUCAAUUGAAAGAACGGCCGUGGUGGAUAUCCAACUUUCUGAAGGGCAGGGUGUCACUAUCUACUAGAAUUGCAGGCACAAUUGUCAUGAUUGGAUUCGUGAUAAUUGCACAAUGGCACUUUUUCGCGGAUGUCGGCGCAUGGGAACCGACCAAACGGCUACUUGGCGCCUCAACUUGGCAAUCCCAAAUUGCAGAAGAGGCAUCCCCACAACUUGAAGAGGUACAUCAAGCAAGAUCCCCUGGAUCAUGGCUACGUCUUCAAGAUCAUGAGACUGCUCGGGAGGUCAUAAAUGCCAUCAAGCCAUCAGCGUUUAGCUACACGGCCAAAGUAUACGACCCUCUAGUCUUUGUGCUGAAGAAUUCGAACCGAACACCGCCACAGAAGAAGAAAAACUUUCUACCAGCGGUGUAUGAUUUCGUGGAUCACCAGUUGGCCGAAUUUGUCAUUUCGAUAGUGUUGGUGUGCGCUUGCCUUCGACUCCUCGCAAGCUAUUUACUCUUGGCGGACGAGGAAACCAGAGACAACUUUUCCGACUCUGGCGAAAACUCGUCUUUAUCCGUAAAAACUCUGUCCGGGGGCCAUGCUCUCGAUGUUGUAAUGAUCGCGGCGUCAGCGGAUGGCCGGGUCGUCUCUGCAGGGUUGGAUCGAACCAUACGGGUAUGGGAUGUUCGUUCAGAUAGUGCGAGCUAUGAGCUUCCUGGCACAAAAUUAUUGGAUGGACGUGAAAUGUUUCCUAUAUUGGGGAUUAUAGUGGAUGUAGAGUCACAAUGGCUGGCCAUUCUGUCAAUGACUCAAAUCCGACUGUGGAAUCUGGCAGAGUACGCUUGGCGUGAGCCUGUUCCUCUGGAGUCUGGUAAUCAUAAUCCGGAAGUAUUAUGCUUCCACCCUCGGUCGACCCAGAAUAUUCCCAGACUGGUUAUUGUGAGGAAAGACGGAACACUGACAGAUGUGUCGCUCGUUGGUGAUGAUCGCCGACGUGGGACAACUGUCUGCGAGGGUCAGCUGCUCACAGCUCGCGCUCUUAUAUACAAAGGUGAGCCCCUCAGUCGCUCCACCUGCAUUUUUUACUCUGCUAAUAGUUGCCGGACCAGAGUCGACGACUACACGGGCGAUCCGGAUCUUGUCGCUCUCACGAAACGGAGAACCCUUCAUAUCGAGGGAGACGGAGACGGGCUGGUGCCACUCUCCCCCUUUCCUCUGUUUCUCAUUGGGUCCGUAAGCUCUGUGUACCUAGUCAGUGCAAGCGACGGUGUGGUGCUGCAUGUUUUCGCGACAGAGCCCAUGGUACCACGAUCGAUCCAAUGUGAAUAUCCCGACAAUCGAAAUAACUUGUCGCCUUCUGGAGUCGGGUUCAGCACUCUUACCCUAGGAUAUGUUGGAGCGGAAACCGAAGAUUGUAUAGUAACAAGCCACCGCCCUCGUGAAGGAAGCGAGGCGAUCGCGGCCUGUGCGGCAUCGGGAGGUGCUGGUGGAGGAUGGUGUACGUGGAAGGAGGCAAUCGAGACCAAGAAACGAAUCAAGGACCCAGGCACAUGGGAGAUUGUCAAGGGGAGAAGCGUCAUCGGUGUGCGACAAGAAGCGAACCCGUCUCGCAACACCAAGCGCGGGGACUACCGCAGGCGAUCCGCCGCGCGUGAGAAUCUCGGGGCACCGACGAGGUGGCAGGCUUGGACAGCUGCUACGGAUGAGCAUUUUGAGGCAGACGAGGUCCGACCGCUGCACAACGACGGGCAUGAUUCUGAGGAAUUCUUGGUCGUGCCGGGGCUAGGACCAAAAGUCAAGAUUGGCCUACGGUCUGUUGCCUUUUCUGUCGGCAACACCGUCAAAGUAAUAUCCGCAGGCGGGCCGGAGCGAUUCAAGGGCGGCGAUGACGAUGCAGGCGCAGAAUCGCUGCUGGCAACGGAUAGUCGACGCGGGCGAUAUGCCGGCUCGAUGCGAGGGAGACACUAA